AUGGUUGCUAGAAAGCUGACGGAUGAAGAGAUAGAGACUUUGCAAACCAAGUGCAGUGAAUCUGAGUGGUCCUUGAGCGACGAUAGUGCGUUAUGCCAUGUCUUGGAAGGAUGUCGCAACCAUUACAUGGAACAUGUGGAGAAGCUUGGGCUUGAAAUAGCUAGGAUCAAUCAACUAGCUUCGUUGUUAAACUCUGGCGUUGGACAUUUGAACAGCUCCGUUAUUCAUGCUGCUAACUCUAGAUUCAUACAGCAGCAGCUAAGUGAGGAUGUCGGCUCCAAAGUUUGUGCGAUCGUAGAAGCGCCGAAUAAUUCGGGUGAUGGCCGAGCAGAUACCAUUGCAACGAUCAGUGCAGCGAUUCGUCAGGGAAUCACCGCCACGAACCGUGUGCAGGAUAUGAACGACCUGUGCUCAACUCGACCAGUCAUUGGGUCACAAAGCUUCAAAGACUCGUUCCUAACCCAUGUGCCAGCCGCUCAGAAGCAAGCGCCUACAGUGUUAGCCAAUUCAUCUUCUACACUGAAUGUGUCGCUACCAUACUCCCAUAACGAAGCGGCUGCGUCAUCCAGUGAUGAAUUCUCAGUGCGUGCGCCACAGUCGAGCAUGCAGUCAACUGUUAUGCCAGUUCCUGUGAAUUCGAGCGGCGACGUGCUGCCACAUUCAAGUGUUACUUCAUCAAACUCGUCCGUACGAUCACUUACGAGCAUUCCCGUACCGAAAUCGGAGGAGGAGUUCACGCCUUCUGUGGAUGCCGCAAGGAAUCGCAAUGAAGAAGUUUUCAAUUCUGCGGACCAGGUCACUAAAGAUGCUGAAUCCACUCCCGAAAAAAGCAAUAAUGUUUUGCAGGCUCCCAAGAUCGAAAGCCGAAACAAGAUUUCGAGCGUUAAUAUCUUCCCGAAGCCAGUAAUUAGCAAGAACGACGGCGAUAAGAUGAAGCCGUCAUCUCCCAUCUUGGAUAGAUCGGAAUCUCAUGUUGAGCCGAAGCGCGAUAAGGUCCAGGAUAUGUUUGCUGCUGAAGAAAAGGAGAUAAAGGAAGAGAAUAAGAGAGCCAAUGUAACGGGACAGGGAAAAGGAUCUCUGAAAUCCGGAAUGACGACUCAAAGCAUAACGAAAAAGUAUGCAAGUAUCUUCGACUCAGAUAGUGACGAUGAGGCCUUGUUUGUCGAUCCGCGGAAGUCACUGCUCGGUGCAAGCACUGAAAGCGAUAUG